AUGCCAGUAGGCCAGAAGCGAGCGGCAGGCGGAAACGCUGGGCCCUCUACAUCCCAAUCAUCCCAUGCCGCCAAAAAGACGCGUUUCGUUGAGCCACUCGACGAUCCCGUAAACUUUGCGGAGGAAGUUGAUUCCGCGCUCGAGAAUCCCUCGGCGCGUCGCAAGGGACGGGUCAAACAAGAAGGAUAUGAUUCAGACUCCAGUGACGACGGCGAAGGAGUCGUGUUCAGCAGGAAGAAGGACGGGCAGGAUGCAGACGAGGACGAGGAUAUGUUCGCGAUCGGCGAGAAGGAGGAGAAGGAGCAGCCGAGCGCGAAGAAGAAGAAAGAGGAGUAUAUGAAGCUGGGGGACAUCGAGGGGCAGGUGUUUGCAGAUAACUCUGGGAGCGACUCGGAGGAGUCUGACGAGCCUGAAGAUGAAGACGAUGCAGAGCGGAGGAAGAAAGAGGGUAUGGGAUACGAACUUUCGUCGUUUAACAUGAAAGAGGAGAUGGAAGAGGGGAAGUUCACUGAGGAUGGGAUGUAUGUGCGCUCGUUUGACCCACAUGGAGUGCACGAUCGGUGGAUGGAAGGGCUGGACGAGAGGGAAAUCAAGCUGGCGAGGAGACGGAAACGGAAGCAGGAGAAAUUGCAGAAGGAGAGGAUCCAGGCGGAGGAGCAGGAGCUUGAGCAGAGUGGGGGUAAAGGUGCACUGGAGAGGGAACUCGUCGGUAUGCUGAAAAAGGGUGAAAGUGUCCUCGAAGCCUUGCAGCGGCUAGGAGCACAGUCGCGAAAGGCAAAGGGACCAACUAAGAGCUCGAAAACCGUUUCCUCGCUCGACAAACCCAAGAGCGUAUCCGACAUCGAUCACAUAACACAUCUCGCAUCCAACAUCAUGUCCCUCGGCGACACCGACAUCUACUCCAAAACCUACGAGGAGCUCGUGCGCGACAUCCGGCGCUCUGGCGCCGUCGAUCAAGCAUGGGUCCCCCCGUCCGCUGACGUCCAGUACGAGUACAAGUGGGACAUGCCGGAGGUGGUUGGCCAGGAAGCCGCCAGCUUUGGGCCGUACUCGGAGGAGGAGAUGAAGGCGUGGUAUAAGGCCGCGUAUUUUGGGCCGACGGGGGAUAAGGUGAAAGUGAGAUCUGUUGGAGGCGAGUGGGGCGACUGGGACGAUGUUAUUUCAUGA